UCUGGAAUGUUUUCCUUUUCUCACACAGGACCAUCUUCGGACCACUUGAGUGGUUCGUCAUGGGAUAACACAGAAGCUGCACAGAACUUCCAGCAAGAGUUUCUAGAUACUGGAUCCUCCCAUCCUGGAGACGGUGAGGAGUUUGCAUUUCAUCUUGAUGGGCAUAUCACGCCCCGGGGCCAGCUCCCAUCCACCAUGUCGUCGGUCCCCCUUGGAGGCGAACCGAUGAAGCGAGGAAGCUCUCGGACAUCCACUGGAAGCCACAAGCACCGGAUUACCAAACCUUCCAAGUCUCGCGGGACUCUCACUAUGACAUCCCAGAUGUCUUCACAAUUGUCCGCUCUGGACAUGACAGGUAAUGCAUCUGUCUUCAAGGACUCUCAGACCACCAGCCAUGUGGACGGCAUGAACCCGUGCCUGUUCCUGGACACCAGCUCGAGCGGCGUCUCGUCCCAGAUGCUCUACUCUGAGUUGCCCAUGGGCCUUGGGAUGGAUUCCAAUGGUCUCCCUUCGGCCUCUGACAUGGCUAUGCACGUGGUUCCUGCCCACAUGCAGCUCGACCCGGACGCAAGCCUGACCAGCCACUCUCCUUCGGCUUCAUGGACCUCGUUUAGCCCUCCAGAGUCACACCUGGCGUCUCCCACUGGAAGUCCAGAGGAGACGUGGCUGCCCGAACCCUUGAUGGCAUCCACCCCCCGCAGUCAGCACGGGUCACCAUCGCUGCAAGCAUCGCAGAACGAUACCAAGCUUUCGGCUCAGGACCUGAUCGGGACCGAUCUUUCUGGGAGUGUGAUGACCAUGGUCGGCGAGGAAUACUCUCUGCCUCCUUCCUACACAGCUCGCCGCCCCACCAACGAGGGUGAAUCCGCCCGUGAUCACCCUCUCUACAAGAAUGCGGCCCCGGGACCUGAUGGACUGUUCCACUGCCCUUGGGAGGGACAAGCCAGCUGCAAUCACAAGGCGGAGAAGCUCAAGUGCAAUUAUGACAAAUUUGUGGACUCCCAUUUGAAGCCCUACCGUUGCAAGGACCCCGCUUGCGAGAACUCUCGCUUCUCUUCCACCGCCUGCCUUCUUCGACACGAGCGGGAGGCUCACGCGAUGCACGGUCACGGCGACAAGCCUUUCCUCUGCACCUACGAAGGCUGCGAUCGUGCCAUCCCCGGCAACGGCUUCCCCCGUCAAUGGAACCUUCGGGACCACAUGCGCCGCGUCCACAACGACAACCGACUUCCGGGCUCCCCCACCGCGCCCGCCCAGAAUCAGCAGCAGUCCAAGGGCCGGAAGCGCAAGGAGGCGCCCAAAUCGGCAGCUGCUGCAGCCAGCCGCAAGGCGGCGGCGAAGGUCAGUGCCAUAGAGGCCGCUGCGAGGGAAGCCCAGGCUCAGAGGCCGCUCAUCGAGGAAUGGACUUCGCACCAGAAGGCCCUCGAGAACAUCAUCCGUAGCCUCAACCAGCCCGAGGAUGGGAGGAACGCACAGCUCAUCAAGCAGGCCCAGGGCCACCUCUCCGCCAUGGGCAAGUUGAGCAUCAACCUGAGUCCCGCUCAGCAGCAGCAGCAGCAAGUCCAGAUGUCUCUGCACCGGACCUAUUCGUCUACUGGCUGAACAACGAAGGUGAGCCACCUUGACAUGAAUGCAACACUGAAUCCCAGAGACCUAAAUCUAACUUGCGCCGUAGCCAGGAGGAACUUGCGCUUUUUGCCAAAUGACCGGAUCAACCCAUCCUGGAAUUUGUUGCAGGUGCAUGUUCAGAAAAGAUUUCAAGCAUCUACGAACCCAGCGCCGCGUCGCGCGAUAUUAGGCCGUGGCGAUUAUGAUCCUUGGUAUCAAGGGACUUGCCCACGGACCCGGACCGCGCUUUUCUUUCCGGAAGUCAUCUUUCACUCGCGGUCGCCAUGUGGACCAUUCGACGGCCUCGAAGCUAUAAACGCUCGGCCAUGAAUUGAGAUCCCGGGACCAGACGUCGUGGAAGGCGACAAAUGCCUGCCCCCCCUUUUUUUUAGGAGCGACCGAAUACCCUUUUCGAGUCGAGGCUCAAUGGAGGGGUUUUCGGCGAGGAGGACUUUUUUUUCUGUUUCUAAAUUUAUUCAGAACUGUUAGGGGAG